AUGGCAGUAAAUGAGUCCAGAAAGCAAAAUAUAGUGGAAAGAGAUACUACUCCUACAAACAGUACCUCAACAGUUGGGCAACCAGACAAUGCAUCCCAACUUUCAUCAAAACAUGAAGAUUCCUCAAAAGAUAAGAAGAAAUCAAAUGCUACCGGAAUAAUGACAUCUAAUAACGACAGUCAUAACCCAAGAAGGAGAUCGCACUCACUUAGCUUUUAUGGGAAGAAAAGGCACAAAAUUUCUUUUGAUUUUCCUAGAAAAUGCAGUUCAUUCAAAAAAAUGAAGUCAACAUACAAUGAGCAGAAUAGCCACGAGAAGACACACAAAUCAGACCAAUCAUCAAAGUCAUUGUUGGCUUACAUGGAAAAAGAAAACGGGGAAGGAAACAGUGAUUCUCAGGAGACAAUAAAGUAUCCUCACAACAUUAUUCACAAUGAUCCAUCGUUUGGUGAUGCCCAUUCACUAAUAGAAGUUCAGGAUGAGAUCCAAGAUUACUUGGAUACUUCACUUAACUCCAUACAGUGGCGUGUUUCUAAUCUUUACGUUGAGCCAGGCGAUUCUUCAUUUGUAUUCUGGUUCAUGCUAUCAUCGUAUUUCCCGCUACUUUGUGGUUGUAUUGGCCCGCUCUCUAACAUGAUGUCUAUAUUUGCAAUUGUGUGUUCCUGGAAGAUCAGAAAAGGGUUGCCAAAUGACAGCGGAGACAACGAAGGUGGCGAUGAGUUUUGGGUUUAUUUAGUGAAUGCGACCUCGGUGGCUCUUGCUUUGGUCUCAAAUUUUUUCUUACUAUUAAACUUCCGUAAGAAAGUUCGUUAUGUCGUUUCCCAAGUCAUUAGUAUCAGUGGAUGGUUUAUCGCCAGUACAAUGCUUAUGUGCUUAGUAAUCGUUUAUCACUGGUAUUUUUACUCACAUCAUCUUGAUGAUCAGUUUGACCUCAACUACGGCUUUUAUUUUGCAAUCGUUACAGUCUGUCUUCACUGGUUGAAUUUUGUCGUUCUUUUCCUAAAUGAGCUCGGGUUUUUAAUGAAGAAGUAUAGGCCAGUGUUUAAUAUUAAUCAGGUGCAGAGAAGUUUGAUAUUUCAGUCAUCAUCUAUGGCAGUUUGGCUACUUGUUGGAGCUAUUAUAUCAAUUAGAGUAUGGGAUUCUUCCUUUGGCUUCGGCCUCUAUUACUGUAUAAUCUCAGUAGUUACGAUAGGUGAGCAGCAGGACAUUCCUGCAACUUCUUUGGCGAGAGGAAUAUCAUCCUUUUGGAUACUUAUAGCGUUGGUGCUAUUUGGUUUGAUUAUUUCGAGUGUCAUUGAUACCGUGUUAGAGUUUUCAAAAACCACGAUCUAUUGGCAUCGCCUUGCAUCCACCAAAAAGAUGAAAAUGAAGUUGAAGAAAGAAGCCAUGAAAACUGAUAAGGAGGCAUUCGAUUUCAUGCGUGAUGUUAACAGUACUGCUGAGCUCACUCAACAGUUGAUUUCAUUUUUAACAAAUUCCGUCGCAUUCUGUGCUUUUCUUUUGCUUGGGUGCACAGCAUUCAAGUAUACUGAAGACUGGUCUUUUAGCACAUCGUGCUACUUUUGCUUCUGCUGCCUUGUAACAUUGGGUGCUGGAAACAUUAUUCCGACUUCGGCAGCCGGUAGAGUUCUAUUUUCAGUUUGGGCAUUAGCGGCAAUUCCAAUUAUGACAAUUCUUGUUUCGAACUUGAGUGACCUCAUAUUUCACAGAUUAAAGAAACUUGAUGAUAUGGAUAUGUUUGAUAUAAUAUAUCGGUUUGCAAACGGAAGAAAACAUUUAAGGUUUAUGACGAAGUUAUUUAGGGCAAAUCAGGAUUCCGUUGACAUUAAGACAUUGGAGAAUUUGAUGCAUGAUACGAGUAUAUCUACAUCAAAAACUCUCAUGCACAGUUUACCAAAGGUUAGAGAACAAAUUAAUAGUGACGCAUAUAACAUCGACGAUCGCUGUGAAAGCUCGGAAGACCUAGAUGAGUUGGCUCAAGCCAUCAAUGAAUUUUCUACGAUGGGUGAAUUUGCAUCUACAAGAUCAGAAGAUGCAAAAAAAGAUGCACCUUUCUCUGAUGGCAGCGAACAGUCUGGGAAUUUCGAACUAUAUGGAGUUUCUAAUGAACCAUCCACUAAAAAAGAGACGCAAAUUUCUGUUCCAUUAGCUACAAAUCCUGUUGAUGCUUUGUUUGAAUUCAUCUUUAACAACACUAAGCUAUCAAACUUAAGUUUUUUGAACACAGACUCUUUUAUCCAUAGCGUGAAGAUGAGUAUCCAUCUUCUAAAUUACGUAAGAGAGGGAACAUUAUGUGUCUCGUAUGACGUUGAAAAAAUUAAACGUGCCAGGGUCUAUCUUAUUCGGGCAUUUAGGAUUAUUGAUCCAAAUUUCGACGAAGACACAUUUCUCAGGAAGUACGAACUUUCGAGUGAUGGGGCAACGGCGGUAAUUCCUCAAGAUGAUUAUAUACUUGAUCUGACACUUGAUAAACCCAUUGAUAUAGUCAAUAGGCAUCAAAGCGUUAUAUUCCCACCAGGGAAAAGUAUUCAUACUCUUUUUAGGAAGAAGCACGAUUUUAUCUUGAACCACUUAAGCACACUUCAGAUUCUUCUUGCAGAGCUCCAUAAAGCUUUCAUCAUGGUGAGAUUCAAGCCAACAUUUCAUUACAACUUCGAAGAAUGGAGAAGAUUUCUCAUUUUAACAGAGAACAGUGCGUACGUGAAUCAGUCGAGGAAAGGUGAAUUUUGGCUGGGUGAUCGAUCUCCGUUAAGUUUUCCGAACAGGGAGCCGGAGUAUUUCGCCACCUCUUAUUUGAGGCUUUUGGAGUCAAAGCUACAUCGAUUUGCCUGGGAAUAUGAUCAAGACAAAUAUCACGUAGUUAUAGAUGAAGAGAACAAAUAA